AUGGGAACCAAUGCUGAUAUAAAGGAGAAGGUCUCCGUGGAGUCUCCCAGCACCACUAAUCAGAAUGGCAGCAACACGAUCACUCCUCUGUCGGACGACAAAGCCCCAGAGCCGACCUUUGAUACCGGUCUCAUUUCUUGGAUUCAAGUCAUAGGGUCCUGGUUCUUGUUCUUCAACUCAUGGGGAGUGAUCAACACCUGGGGUGCAUACCAGACAUACUAUGAAGAGAAUACAUUGAAGCAUAUGUCCUCUUCCUCGAUUGCCUGGAUUGGCUCGCUGCAAGCCUUUCUGCUGAUGCUUUUUGGGGUGGUAACGGGCCCUCUAUUCGAUGCAGGAUACUUCCGUGCGCUCCUUGGGUUCGGAACCAUCAUGCUUCCCUUCAGUCUCAUGAUGACCAGUCUUUCUACUAAGUUCUGGCAAUUGAUUUUAUGCCAAGGAAUCCUACUCGGUCUUUCCGCCGGUUGCCUCUUCGUUCCCUCUGUCGCCAUUCUACCUCAAUAUUUCAAGCAGAAACGAGGAUUGGCGAACGGACUGGCAGCCUCGGGGAGCAGCAUCGGUGGCGUGAUUUAUCCCAUCAUGUUUGAUCAGUUACAACGGCGGGCUGGCUUUGAAUGGGCUACUCGAGCCGUUGGCUUUUUGUCUUUUGGAACCUGCUGCAUUUCGUUCUGUCUCAUGCGCAUGCGAUUCCCUCCGAAAGAGAAGCGAAAGCUUGUCCAGCUGUCUGCGUUCAAGGAGCCAGUCUUUGCCAUGUUCUGCAUCGGUAUGUUCCUGGGCUUCCUAGGAUUCUAUAACUUCCUCUUCUAUAUCCAAUCGUACGCCAUUGACACUAAGAUCGUUGACGCCAACCUGGGCUUUUACCUGCUUGCCAUGCUGAACGCGGGCUCAACUUUCGGUCGAAUCUGUCCCAACUUCAUUGCCGACCACAUUGGACCGAUGAACGUACUUCUGCCUGCUGCCACAGGAACUGCCAUCCUGGCUUUCGCAUGGAUCGGUGUGCACAAUGUCCCCGGAAUCAUCGUCCUGUCUGUUCUAUACGGUCUCUGCUCCGGUGGUUUCGUCUCGCUGCCGCCUGUGGUGAUGGCCUCCAUGACCAAAGACAUCCGCGACCUGGGAACUCGGCUUGGUAUGCUCUUUGCUGUGACUUCGGUCGGUCUGUUGAUCGGAACUCCUAUUGGCGGCGCGAUUCUCAGCAACACCGGGCAAUACCUGGGGGUGCAGCUCUUCACUGGAUGCUGUCUUAUUUCCUCCUCGGUUAUUUUUGCAGCUCUGCGAUAUUCUCGCACCGGUCCUCAUUUCCUGGUACGGGCUUAA